UCUUCUCCUCUUGCAGGUGAGAGAAGGGGUGGCAGACACGACUGAAGGGAAGGACUCGUGGCUAGCCAGUGUCUUCUUCUGGGCUCUAGGCAAUUAAAAGUUCAGCUUUCAAUGUGAUGGCCACAAAUAUAUAAAGAACGGGUGGCAGCCACGGUCUGUGAAUGGAGUCAGAGAUCAUCUACACUGAGGUGAAGUUCAAGAAUGCACCACCACCUGCAGCAGCCACAGCACCCCCAGCGAAAAGCACACCUCCGAGUGCACCCCAGAAGCACACCCACUCUCUCCUGUGGUUGGUCUCAGCUCUGUUGCUGUUGCUGUGUCUCUCUCUCCUUGCUGCCCUCAUUGUUACUCUCCUUAAUCCAAGCUGUGAAAAGCACAGGACCCUGUCCCAGAGUUCCACAGAGUGGCACUGUGUCACAGGGACAGCUGAAGGGAAAGGGCGAAUCUAUAUGUGUUGCCCAGUGGGCUGGGAUUCCUUUCAGGACAGCUGCUACCAUUUCUUUAAUGACAGCAUGACCUGGGGUGACAGUGAGAGGAACUGCACUGGGAUGGGCUCUCACCUGGUGGUGAUCAACACGGAAGCUGAGCAGGAUUUCAUUUCUGAUUGGAUAAGAAGAACUGCUACAGGCAGUGACAAAAAGGAUUACUAUAUUGGUCUGACUAGCCAGGAAAGGGAAGGCCAGUGGCACUGGGUGGAUAAAACUCUGUACAAAAUACCACAUUCUGAAUCUCUUUACACAGCACCCAUGAGCACUGGACAGUAUCAGGGACCAGUGAACAAAGACUGAGUGGAGACGAGCGUAGAAGACAAAAGCUGUAAAGAAAAUUGAGCAGCUG